CACCGACGGUCAUCCGACCCGCACCAUUCGCCUCCCAUGAUCUCAUCGUAAUCUUCCCCGUCUCCCCAUUCCGACCCCUAUAAAUUGGCCGACGCUUUCCUCUCCUCUUCUCUUCCCACUCUUCCCCGCCCCAGCCUCCGGUAGCUUCCUCCGACCAAAUCCUUAAUCUCAGUCUAGUUUCUCCGCUCGACCUCUAUCGGGUUCGGGCUCCUCUCCAAUCCACCUCCGGUUCAUCCUGGAAUCCUACUCGCCUUCGAUAUCUUCAAGAAUUAGGGCUUGGCCAACCAUCUCAAAACCCUAGGAUCGCUCUUAUCACCCGAUCCCUGCUUGGAAGGCCGAGCGUCCUCUUUUUUGGUGCCAGAAGCCCUUAUUUUUUUCUCGGCCUGGGCUCCUCGCUCGGAGGCGGGGCUGAGCUCGAUCGCCCUGCCGAGGGGCUAGCACCGUCCUGUCAGAACCCAUGAACGCCGCCGCCGUCCUCGGCGGAGCCGUUCCGGUGCCCUCUUUUCAGGCAGCCAGAAAGGAGUGGCGUGCCGUCACCGAGCACUCCUUCCGGAGCAGUGGAGUGGAGAAACAAGUGUGUGUUAAAUCGGGCCAAUCAGCCGAGAGAACAAUAUAUGAGGUGCAGGAGGGUACAAGCCUGCUGGAUGUGGAUCCUUGUUCAGUUACUACUGAAGGUGUUGGUGAGUUGAAUGAUGAUAUAUUGCAGCAGAAGCUGCAAGAAAUCACGAGGCAGAGAGAAAGGCUUCAGCAAAUGGAGAUUGAGCUCCGAGCUAGGGCGAUUGCCAGAUCAGAUAUCCUGGAGGUGCAGAAUAGUUUUGAAGGACAGCUAAAGGAGCAAAUAGAUUUCAAUGCUAAUCUAAAGGAGCAACUACAUGAACGGGAGCAACACAUACUUGAAUUGGAGAUGAAACUAGAAGAGAAGGAUAGAGAGCUACAUGCUAUGAAAAUUGACACUGAAGAAGCAUGGGCAAAAGAGGACCUUCUCAGAGAACAAAACAAGGAGCUAGUAGCUUUCAGAAGGGAGCGGGAUAAAUCGGAAGCAGAAAGAGCACAACUUCUGAACCAAAUACGUGAUCUCCAAGAGCAUAUUCAAGAGAAAGAGAAUCAAUUUUUUGCACUGCAAGAACAGCAUAGAGUCGUACAAGAAACUAUCCUUUUCAAGGAUGAACAGUUAAGGGAGGCGCAAGCUUGGAUCGCACGUGUUCAAGAAAUGGAUGCUUUGCAGUCUUCUACUAACCAGUCGUUACAAGCUGAGCUACGAGAACGUACUGAGCAGUUUAACCAAUAUUGGAUGGGUUCUCAACGGCAGUUUGUCGAAAUGGAGCACUAUCAUAUGCAAGCUAUCCAGCAGCUUCAGCUAGAGUUGGCUGAGGCAAGGGGAAAUAAUAGACUGUUUAUAGAUGGUUUGCAAGUUACUCAUGAGAACUCAGUGGAUUCAUCUUCAUAUGAUGGAAACCAGAUCAAUGUGAAAGAUGAUGGAAAAUCAGAUACUCACUUGGGAUUCACAUCUAAUGGAAGUGUAGAUAGGACCAUGCCUCAUGUUUCGGCUUCCAAUUCUUCUACUAAGACUGAUCCUCUCCCCAGUGUUUCAGUUGUGCCAUCUUCCAUAAUUAGUAUGAAUGCCUUAAUUCCUCCUGGCCAAAUGUCUGCAAUGCAUAGUUAUGUAAUGGAUCCACAGUCUGUAGCAUCCACCAAUUCUCCUAUUCCUCAGUCUCACAUGGGUCAUUUUCAAUCAAUGCCUAUGGUUCCACCUCACCAACUUUGGCAAAAUCAUCAGACUGCAUCAGACAUCUCACAGAUACCUAAUCAGAGCAAGUUCGUGACAUCCCAAACAGAGCAAGAUAUUUUAAGACCAGAUACCCAUUCUAGCUCCAAUCUGCUUGGUGAAAUACAGAUGGUCCAUCCUGACCAACUUAACAGCCACACAGACCAGCAACAGAUGUCUGGCCCUCCAGGCAAUGAUUCAAGUGAAAAACCUCAGAACACAUUUACACAACAACCACAAGGGACCGUAGAUGCACCUUCUCACUUGGAUUCAGCAAGAGAAUUCUACCCACCAGAAAAGAAGAAUGAACCUGGGGUUGAGGCCAGUAUAACUGCAGAUAACCAAUCACAAGAUCAGGUGCUCGAAUCUGAACAACGUCUAACUUCUGGUAUCAUGUUAUCAGCCAGUCAAAGUAGCUCCUCUAUCAGUUUAAAUGGUACUGAAGAAUCUGCUGUAUCGGCUGCACCUGAUUCAAGUAUUUUGAUGCCUGGUAAACCUCUAGUGGAACCCAAUCUUUUAGAUGAAAGAUCACUUUUGGCUUGCAUUGUCCGUGCUGUUCCUGCCGGAUCAGAUGGUAGAAUCAGAAUCAGUACAACACUACCAAAUAGGCUUGGGAAAAUGCUUGCACCCCUUCACUGGCACCAUUACAAGAAGUACCAUGGAAGGCUUGAUGAUUUUAUUUCACAUUAUCCUGAAUUAUUUGUUAUUGAAGGGGACUUUAUUCACCUUCGCGAGGGAGCACAACAAAUUAUAUCUGCAACUGCUGCUGUUGCCAAAGUUGCUGCUGCUUCUGCAUCUUCUGCUCCUUACACAUCAUUAUUGCAUUCAGUUGCUGUCACUCCUGUUGCUCAAAUCAGUCGCCAGAAAAUGGCACAAUCAAUUGAAUCAAAGGUUGCAAACACCAUGCCUUCUGCAGUUGGUGCUGCUGUUACUGAUAUUGGAGAUUCAAGUAACAACUGCUCCCAGAUUUUGACAACACAGAACCAACAACCAAAUGGUAUCAGAGUUAACAUUAUUCAGGGGCUAUCAGAUGUCACAAUUUCAAGUAAAUUAAAGAAUGUCCAAGAAGCUAAUGGUUUCCCAUCUGAAUUCCAAACUGGCCAUUCCUCUUUCAACUUUAGUGUUGGAAGUACAGCAAACCUUGAUAAAACGGGUUUGUCCUCUUCGCAAUGCCAAGGACCAAGUAAUGGAAGACAUAGUUUUGGAGGGAAGCAGCAAGGGAGGUCAACUGGAGCUGGCUUGAUUUCAAGGAGAUAGUGUUACCAGUUGAAACUUGCAACCCAAUUACUUGGAUGGAAAUUGCAGCCAAACAAAGUUUGGAAUUUAUUUCAGGAUAAAGCUCUCUGAUCAUCUUUUCCCAGGUUUUUAUGUUGAACUAUAACCAGGGGCUUUUCCUUUGUGUGAAUUUUUUCUUCUCUGCCAACUUGUACUUGAGUUCAUGUUUCAAAUUGAAAGUGAAAAAAAAAGAACAAGAAUUCUUUGCAACUGUGCAAAUUUUAAUGCAUCUUCUUGACUUGAUUUGAUGAUUA